UGUAGAUUACUCUGAAGAUUUGUUACCGAUAGGGAAUUUGAUUCUGUAGAUAAUUUACAUGUUUGGGCUGAUGAGAUAACACUAAGAAUUGGUUUUCAAUUUACAUGUGCUUCAUAUAAACAAAAGAAAGGACGUUCUAGAGUGAGUUUGUACUUAAGAUAUCAACGUUAUGGUAAUAUAAGAGGUGAUUUGCAUAACUUAGACAAUGAUAUCCGACUUAGUUCUAAAAGUAGGGCUUGUGGGUAUAAAUUUAUGAUUUUAGGAGGUAGUCGUAAACCAGGGAAAGACCUUGGACGGUAAGAUGUUUCCUGGUGAAAAAGGAAGACAUAACCACCCGUUCUUGGUGUACAGAGAUGGUCAAAUAAGAGUAAAUAGAAUGACUAUCGAUAUUAGGCAGCACAUACGAGAUCUCAGUGCAACUGGCAUGCAACCAACGUUUAUAAUGACUUCAAUUAGAAGGAAUUUUUCUGAUUUUUUUUGCUAGUAUGAAUCAAAUUUAAAAUAUAAGACAAUCAAUAAAGAGAGAAGAGAUGGAUGGUAAGACUCCUCUUCAACACUGUCUUUAUAUGGCCACAGAGCAUAAUUAUGUAGUUCGGACAAACUUGGAUAGUGAGGGACAGUUGAGUAGAUUAUUGAUUGCAAAUCCUACAUCUAUACAGAUGAUACGUUCAUGGCCCCAUGUUGUGUUGAUAGACACAUUGUACAAAACUAAUGAGCAAAAGUGGCCCUUUUGCGAAAUAAUUGAAAUGACGCCAACCAAUCACAACUUCUUGGUUGUGUUCUGUUUGAUGCGAGAUGAGGCGGUUGUGUCUUAUUCUUGGGUGUUGGAGAGGUUGAGGUAUAUUUACGGCAGAGUUCAGACGCCUAACGUAAACGUAACGGAUCGAGAAGAGGGUUUGUCUGCAGCUAUUUGUGUUGUCUUUCCAGAUGUACGACAUUUAUUAUGCGUAUGGCAUAAUGACAAUGACGUGGAGAACAUGGUCGACAAAUUGUGCGGCGGCAAGAGAAAUCAACAGGGGCAGAUAUUCAGGUAAACAAAAUGGAACCCCUUGGUUAACAGUCUGACGAUCCCUGAAUUUGAAAACAAGUGAGAAGGGAUUGUGUCUACUUGGUCGACUAGGAACAGGAGGGUCGUGCGAUAUUUGGCUGGAACAUGGAUUCCUCACAAAGAGAAAUUUGUGCGUGCGUGAACGAAUGACUGUUUGCACUUGGGUAACCAGACUACCAGUAGAGUUGAAAGCCAACACUCUUCCUUCAAGUACUACUGGGUAGCGGUAAUAGCUCAUUUGAUACCCUCAUUAAAAAGGCACACAAACAGAUAACGAAUCAGCAAUCGAGGAUAAGACAAGCUCUGCAGGAAUCUAUGAAUUCGAUUUCAAGGACGUCGCGACUUAAUUUUUUGAGACCGUUGUAUCGUCAUGUUUCCAUAUUUGCCUUAGAACAAUUGAUGAUGGAGCACAACCGGAUGUUAAACUUGGGGAUUUAUGUUUUUGACAAAUGCGGUUGUGUACUUCAAAGAACCCAUGGAUUACCCUACGCGUGUUACUGUUACUUGUCAAUCAGGUCUCAUGGUUCGUUGUAUUUGGACGAUGUACAUCCAUUUUGGAAAACGUUAAAGUACUUAGAAGCAAAAGAAGACGCCAAUGAAGAAGUACGGCACGCAAACGCCGAUGAUAAAGAGUACUUUCAAUCGUUGGUCGAUGAAGUUUUAAAAGCCGACCCCGCAAUUGUACGACGCAUGUCUCAGGUACUUGAACAUGAACUACACCCUGAUGAUACCGAUAUACCUGAGCCACAAGCAAGUCCACCGAGGAAGGGAAGACCAACGACAAGCGGAACCCUCAGGAGAAACAAAAGUGCGUUCGAGUACAGUAGAUCAUCCUCAAGGGGUCGCGGAUCCAGAUCUUCAUCACGCAGGAGAUCUAGUGGUAGAUCUAGCAACCGAUCAAACCAAUCGUCAGUUGGAAUUAACUUCAGUUUCAACUUAUCUGAUCAUUCAGCAGGUCGUGAUUUUUCUCUUUUUCCGUGGCCAAAUCACAUUACGUAUACUCUUCCGCCGUACAUGUUUGAUUGGAUUGAUGUUAUAGGUGACGAAAACUGUGGAUUUAGAGCUAUUGCCGUCACAGAGUUAGGGGGCGAGGAGACAUGGCCUCUUUUACGAUGUGCAAUGAGUUUGGAAAUGAAAACGAAUAGAGAUCAAUAUGCACGCGUGUAUCUAUUAGCAGAGUUGGUGGAGAAUGCUAUAUACAGAAUUGGUGCUCAUAGCAAAGGACCUGCCCCGUACAGUCACUGGAUGGAAAUGACAACAUUGUAUUUUGCAGAUACGUUUCUCAACAUUGUAAUUACGUAUUAUGGCUCUACCGAUGGUAAUCCAACGUAUAAUUGUUUAGUGCUUCUGGUAAGGAGAACAGGGGGAAUGCAUGCGCGUUAAUAAACUUGUACAUAUUCUUUGGGUGAACGGGAAUCAUUAUGUUCAGCUUUUAAUGAACGAUGAUUCAUCUCCACUGCCGCCAGUCCAGCAAAUUGGAGAGCAGCAGCUAACAAUUCAUGUAGAGAUUUAGAGAGAUAGUAUCGCAACAGGAUAUCACUUUAGAAUAGACUGUGUGGCGUAUAACGACCACAACAUAAUAACACCGUCGAAGAUGCUGUUAAUUUAGAUACUCCAUAGUAUAAUGUUGUGUAGCCUGCGCGUUGAUUGUAUUUAUUGUACUGAUUGUACUUAG